AUGCCACAACGUUCAUCCAAUAAAGUAAAAGUUUAUGUUCGAACUCGUCCUACAAAUAAUUUUGCAUCGGAUAUGAUUUCUUUCGGACGAGAUAAUCGAACAAUUUGUAUUCAUCGAGCUGCAUCAGCCAAUGCUGUUGAUAACAAAAUCAAUGAUUGGGCAUUUCAUUUAGAUGGUGUAUCUCAUAAUGUUAGUCAAGAAGAAAUAUUUGAUUCUGUAGCUAAGGAUGUCGUUGAUCGAACAUUAGAGGGUUAUAAUGGAACAAUUAUGUGUUAUGGUCAAACAGGAGCUGGAAAAACUCAUACAAUGACCGGUUUCACUGAAAGUUAUCUAAAUCGUGGUAUUAUACCACGUGCUUUACAACAUCUUUACCAAGAAAUAAAUGCUCGACAAGAUUUUUCUUAUUCUAUUCGUAUUGCUUAUCUUGAAAUUUAUAAUGAUCAAAUGUGUGAUUUACUUCGUACACUUAAUUCACCAUCUGAUUAUCAACAAUUAUCAAUUGGUGAAGAUGCGGGUUUUGUUUAUGUUAAAGGAUUAUCAUAUCGUAUUGCGAAUAAUGAAGAAGAAGCAUUAAAUUUAUUAUUUGAAGGUGAAACAAAUCGAUCUAUUGGUCAACAUGUACUCAAUAAACAAUCAUCUCGUUCACAUUGUAUUUUUACAAUUCUUGUUGAAUGUCGAGCAAUUUUAUCAUCAGAUGACAAAUAUACUGUAUCAAAAUUAAAUCUUGUUGACUUAGCUGGAAGUGAACGAUUGGCUAAGACAAAUUCUGAAGGUGUAACAAAACGAGAAGCAACAUUUAUCAAUAAAUCUUUAUCCUUUCUUGAACAAGUUGUACUUAAUUUAUCGGAUAAAAAAACAAAUUAUUCACAUUUUCGAAGUUCAAAAUUAACACAUGCAUUGAAAGAUAGUAUUGGUGGACGAUGUAAUACUGUUAUGAUUGCAAAUAUUUGGCCAGAAAUACAACAUAUUGAAGAAACAGUUUCAACACUUCGUUUUGCUAGUCGAAUGAUGUGUGUACCUGCUGAACCAACUGUUAAUCAAGUAAUUGACCCAGUAAAAGCAAUUGAAAAUUAUAAACGAGAAAAUAAAUAUUUAAAAGAAGAAUUAGCAUUACAUAAUACAUUAGUAAAUCGUAAUGGAAUUUCUUAUGAACCAUUAUCCGAACAACAAUUAUAUGAAAUUGAAAAUCAAUGUCGACGAUUUAUUGAUGGAACUUUAGAUGAAAUUGAAAUUCAGAAUGUUCGUCAAGUACAAGGUUUGUUUAUUUAA